AAGCUUCAUUUUUUUUAACUAUACGCCCACCGAUUGUAAGCAAUUUGUCUGAGAUAGCUUAUUAAUUAUUGCAUUCCAUCAUCGUUAUUCGACACUUAGUUUGUCUUAUUUUCGACUCGAUACAUUUAAAAUUGACCAGGUCUAUUACAAACUGGCUUUUUAAGCCUGAUCAAUUUUUAAAAUGUGUUUUUUCUGUCCGGUCCAUUGAGAAAUUGAUCUUAAUGGGCAUAAUUCGAUAAUUUGGCGUUGCCUUAAGACAAUUUGAAGUUAUGUAUGUCGUUUAAAACACCCUGUGUUUGUGGGGUUUUGAAGAGUAAAAAAAAGUAAUCCUUGUCUUUUUAAUUUUACUGGAAAAGUGGGUCGGAGGGUUUUAAAGGCAGGUAGUCGAAGCGGGUAAAUCCGUUAAGCAUCCCCUCUACAACUUUUAAAGACCAGUUUAAAAGGAACGGCCUUGGUUGGAUUUCUUUUAACGAAUUCGAGGAGGGGCCGCCGAGGACACUUUAAACCCUUUUCUCAUGUACUUUCCCCUAAUUUUGGUCGGAUUUUUUGUUAAAGGAUUCUUUUUAUUAGUUUUUUGUUUUUGUUUUCGUGUUUGUUGAUUUUUUUCGCGCUUAUUUUCUUCGAAUUUUUAUUUCCCUCCCACUCGGCCCGUUGUGAUUAAGUUGGCAGCCGUGCCCCUUUUCCCGCGGCCACCAGUUGUUUUAGCGGCACCGCACCGUCGGCAUGUCCGAGAACGUGUACCAGCCUCCGACCAGCCCCAGGUCGUCGGAGUCGCGACGCGGGCGGCCGAAAGCUGCUGCGAUCAGCAACCUGAUCAUCGAAGGAGCGACAUCCCAGUCGGGGAUCAGGUGCGAAGUGUGCUCGAGGGUCUUUCCCAGGGACAAGUCGCUCCAAGCCCACCGGCGCGUACACACAGGAGAAAGGCCUUACAGCUGUGAUUUUCCCGGCUGCAUGAGAAAGUUUAAGCAGAGCGGUCAACUCAAGACGCACCAGAGGCUUCACACCGGCGAGAGGCCGUUUCUAUGCUCUGCCGACGGGUGCACGAGCAGGUUCACACACGCCAACAGGCACUGCGCCGCACACCCUCAGGCACCGCUCGUUAGGUCCGAGGAACAGGCGCCCGUCCUGGACAUGGAACAGGCAGGGCGCAGCCGGGAAGUACUUCAGUGGUUCAACAAGUACAGGGCUGAAAGGGAGACGAGGUCCGCGGAGAAGAAGGACACAUUGCAGACACCGAUGAGCAAGCCGAGAAUUGACGUCCUCACACCGAGGACCGAGGACAGAGAGCUUGCCGACAUGACAAAUUUUACCUCAGCCUCCGGGGAGACAAUCGAGUGGACCUCGCCGCGAAAGUCACCACUGAAGACUCCGCGACCCUGCAACGCGGACAGGUCGCGCCCAGUCAAGAAUCUCUUCUUCACCCAGCCCAGCUCGACGCCACCUUCGCCCGCCGUCGUCUCGCCUCGGAAACGCGAGCUUCCGAAAAAGCGCUGGCUCCGGAUCGCGUGUCGCGAAGCGAUGGCCGGCGGACCCACGGCCAACACGGCCAAUCUGGUGAGGCCGACCGUCCUACGCCACGCGUCGUCCUUCCUCUCGCCUCCGAGGCAUGAAAGCCAGCCUGCGACCUGGUCCCUCCUCACGCCACCAUAUUCAGACGAGAAAAGGUCAUACGAAACAGAGGAUGAGGAGCUCGCCGUUCCACUUCCGCCCGUCCAACACCACCUAGACAUAUACAGGCAAACAUGACAAUAAAAAAGAAUCUUACAAUAUUUUUAAAUUUAUAACACAAAAAGUGUACAAAUACUCAAAAAGACUUUCGUUAUCUUUGUAAUUCGCUACUAGUCAAUCCUUUUGGCGUCCUCCCAUCGUCUUCAUUGCGUGAAAAAGCCCUGGUCAGCAUCUUUUCGUAGAAAGGUUAAUUUUUCCCCUCUAUGGAUCGUUGAAAGAACACGAGCACUGCUCCUGUACUUUCAAUUGUCCGUAUAGUUCAAUUUGAUUAUCGCCUGUUCGAUUAACUCCUGAUAAUUCAAUACCCAAUGGAUUUAUACUCGUAGACAACUUCUUGGCGCUCAUAAUAGUCGAAUAACUUUUCUUAUUCUGAAUUUUCUAGGUGAAAUGCAUUUACAUUAACUUUUGAUAAUUCAUCACCUGUGUCUCCUGGAUUUACUUCUACAGACACUCAUAUUUAAACGUCUUUGUUGCUCUUCUUGAUAAUUCAAGCUCCUGGGGCUCCUAUUUAAUACAUUCACUCCUGAUACUUCACUCCUACGGACACUCCUGAUUUACAACUUAUUGUCGCUCAGGAUUGUUCGGAUUCUUUUUCCAUUUACUGCCUUAUUUUACAAACUCCUGGAACUCCUGAUGUUUCCGGUUCCGAUGGUUUCGCUUGCAAUCUGGAUCCAGUUGAAUUUAUUCUUAGACACUUUUAUUUAGGUUUUAACGUACUGGUGCUCAUAAUAGCUAAAAAGCUUUUCUUUUUUCUCAAUUUUCAAGUUCAAAUACGUCUGCACUUGAAUUUUUCAGCUUACUAGCUACCAGUAGGUGCUCAUAAUAGCUAAAAAGAUUUACUUUUCCUUAAUUUUCGAGUUCAAAUUCGUCUGCACUUGAAUUUUUCAACUUACUGGUGCUCAUAAUAGGUAAAAAGAUUUACUUUUUCCUUAUUUUUCAAGUUCAAAUAUAUUUGAGCAUUUAGACAUUUACUCCUGAUAAUUAAAUCCCCCGUGGGUCCUGGCUUGCAGACUAUUACAGACUUUGUAAAUUCACUACUCUACAACUCACUCCCGAUAUUUCAACCUCCUGUGGCUAGAGUUGCAUUUACUCUUGAUAAUUCAAGCUGCUGGGGCUCCUGUUGAUUACAUUCACUCCUGAUAUUUUACUCCUGCGGACACUCCUGAUUUACAACUUAUUGUCGCUCAGGAUUGUCCAAAUUCUUUUUCCAUGUAUUGUCUUUAUUUUUCGAUGGUUUCACUUGCAAUCUGGAUUCAGUUGAAUUUAUUCUUAGGCACUUAUAAUAAUAUUUGAACGUGCUGGUGCUCAUAGUAGCUAAAAAGAUUUUCUUUUUCUGAAUUUUCAAGUUUAUAUUUACUCAUGAUAAUUCAAUCCCCUUUGGCUCCCGGAUUCGCUCCUACAGAUACUCCUGAUAUUUCAACUGAUAGUUGCUCAUGAUAGCCUAAAUUUCUUUUCCGUUUAUUCUUCAUUUUACAAGCUCCUGGACUCCUGAUGUUUCCGGUUAAGAUGGUAUAUGGCGCUCAUAAUAGCCAAAUAGCUUUUCUUAUUCUUGAUUUUCAAGCUAAUUCAUUGACAUACUCCUGCCAAUCCAAUCCCAUAUGGCUUCAGCUGAAUUCACAACUACAGCCACUUCUGAUAUUUCAUCUUAUUGCUCAUGAUUGCCUAAAUUCAUUUUCCAUUUAUUUUCAUUUUACUAGCUUCUGUGACUGAUAAAAAUCUAAUUGUUUCGUUUACAUUCACUCCUGAUAAAAUCUACUGUGGCUCGUGGAUUCCCUCCUACACACACUGCUGGUAUUUCAAUUUAUUGUGGGUGAUAAGCCCAAAUUUCUUUUUCCGUUUACUCUUGAUUUUACAAGCUCCUGAGACUCCCGAUUUUUCAAGCUCCAUAGUUUUAGUCUCAUUUACUCGUGAUAAUUCAAUCCCUGUGGUUACAGUUUUACCCACCUACAGACACUCCUCAUAUUUCAAUUUAUUGCUGCUCAUGAUGGAAAAUUUCUUUUCGACGUCUACUUUUCAACAAUCCUUAUUAUUUCAAGAUCCUACGGUUUCGUUUUCUCUUGAUAUUUGAAGAAGUUGCACCUGAUUAUUGUCUUGACUUUUCGACUCCCCUAUUGAUUUUAAUACGCUACGGUUUCGUUUUCUCUUGAUAUUUGAAGCAGUUGCCAAGAUAGCUUCCACUUGUUACUCUUGUCGCCCUUGAUAAUUUAAGCUGCUUGA